UCAGACCUUGAAAUCACCAGUUAAAGACUCGGGUGGAGCCGGUUUCAUUUGCAGAAAGAACGCAAACACAACAAAAUCUAAUCUUGCAUCACUUCCGGCGAACGCUGUUGCGUGGGGGCGUACAAACUCCCAACUACUAGAUCGACUUCUCUUUCUCUCACUCCGCUCCGAUUCCGUUCAACCCCUGCCGCCGGUAGUUUCUUCAACUCCAGUCUCCACUCUCUUCUAUUCUUCGUCCUUUCCGUCACUCUGGAUUUUAUAUAGAGAUUGAGUAAACCCCCAAUCGUUGACGGCAACAGGGUUUUCGAAACCCAUUACCCCUCUAUCUAUCUAAUCCACGUUCAAUCCUCCCUCUUUCUCAAAGCAGUUAAAAAAAUUCACCCACAUUCACUCACUCCGUGUAUCAGGAUUUGCAACGGCGAUGUGGCGGACGGCUAGGGUUUUUUCUUGAGGUUUGUUAUGGAAUAGGACUGGAAUUUUUGAAAAUAUAAGAGGAUAAUUCCGUCUAUAAAUUCGUUUUAGAUCUGAAUCAUUGUAUAAAAGCCAUGUUACCAUUCCUCAUUUCGCUGCAAUUUCCAAUGAGUUUUCCACGAGACUCCAUUUGCGUCGAUUUCGCCUUUUACUGAUUAGCAACAUUAUCACCAACAAUAUAAGAAAGCUCCACGUCUUCUAAUACCAAGCCCUUUCUUUGGUCUAGGAAAAUUUCGAAACUGCAUAUUCAAGUACGCCAUGCCUGCCAUGAAGAAGAAGACUGAACCUGGUGAUAUGAGGCAAUUGUUUGAAAGACUGACGAAGGAGAUUGGAGAACCUGUCGAAUUUGAACUUCCUGAUUGGUUGAAUAAAUGGAAACCUAACUAUACCAUCAUAAAACGCAAUAUAUAUCUAACAAAGAAGGUUAAGAAACGAGUAAGAGUAGAAGAUGAUGGAAUAUUCUGCUCUUGCACUUCAACACCAGGUUCUUCUGCUGCUUGUGGUAGAGAUUGCCACUGUGGGAUGCUAUUGUCAAGCUGUUCAUCAAACUGUAAAUGUGAUGAUUCAUGCCUCAAUAAACCAUUCCACAGACGACCUAUGAAGAAGAUGAAGAUAGUGCAGACUGAAAAAUGUGGGUCAGGGGUUGUUGCUGAGGAAAAUAUCAUGCAAGGAGAGUUUAUUAUUGAAUAUGUGGGAGAAGUUAUUGAUGACAAAACAUGUGAGGAAAGGCUAUGGAGAAUGAAGAGACAAGGAGAGACAAACUUUUAUUUGUGUGAGAUUAAUCGUGACAUGGUGAUUGAUGCUACAUUCAAAGGAAACCAAUCAAGAUAUAUAAAUCAUAGUUGUUCUCCAAAUACCGAAAUGCAAAAAUGGAUGAUUGAUGGUGAAACAAGAAUCGGGAUUUUUGCAACUCGGGAUAUAAAGAAGGGGGAACAAUUAACCUAUGAUUACCAGUUUGUGCAGUUUGGUGCAGAUCAAGAUUGUCAUUGUGGUGCAAAAGGGUGUAGACUGAAACUGGGAGUCAAACCUAAUAAGUCAAAAUUUCCUUCUUCAGAUGCUGCUUUAAAGAUUGUUGCAUGUCAGGUGGCUAUAAAUUCUCCAAAAGUAAAAGCAGUUCUUUAUGGGAAAGAUGCUUACAAGAAUGGUGUUGGACAACAAGCAUAUUCGAGAAAUGCCAUUGAUGAAAUAAGAAUUCCUCAUAAUUGCAUAGGGGAAGUUGUCAGAAUAGUACGCCCUGCUUCAGAGAGGACUUUUGGUAUGAUCAAGCGGUUUGACAUCAAUACAAGAAAACACUUUAUCAUUUUUGAAGAUGGUGUGACUGAGCUUCUUGAUUUGGCGCAAGUUGAUUGGGAGCUUUGUAACUUAGCAAGCUUUUUACAGGGGUAAAACCGUAAAAAAUUCACUCGAAACUGACAAAAUGGUCAAACCCGCAGUGAGUUUUUUUUUUUAGGGUGCAAAUUCUUUUUUAAGAGGUGUUGCUGAAUGUAAAAAGACCUUGGGUCUAUCCUCCUCGUAUAUGUUGUUUGUUGUUUAUUAGUGAUUUUUUGAACUCUUGAACACCAGAAACCGUUUAAUUCUUUGUAAAUUUGCUUUGAUAGUUGUGAACGAAAUAUUGUUUUUGGUUAGCCUAA